ACCAAUAUCACACUCAUCAUCACACACAUCCACAGCUCGUAGCUACUAAAACGAGUGCUCGGACCAGAUACUGGCAUUGGCUGUGAACUGGGGUCCCUUCUCUACAGGCUUCGUUCUUUAUAAAAGACACUGUUGCUUCAAUUAGACAAGAGGACUUGUACUGCAGGCUGAAGAUGGACACCGAUCCGGAACGCAAACCAAAAAGGCCUCACUACAUUCCUCGACCACCUGGAAAGCCUUUCAAUUACCAGUGUUUCCAGUGUCCUUUCACCUGCAACGAAAAGUCUCACCUGUUCAACCAUAUGAAAUACAACUUGUGCAAAAACUCCAUCUCCCUGAUGUCACAAAAAAACGUGCAAACAGCCCGACAGAUCAAGGCUGUAGCCAAAGGAGUCUUGGUCAAAUCUAAAGAUUGUACAAAUGACCUUCCAGACCAGAACAAAAGUCCUGAAAAACAUGACGUAGAAGAGAACAAAGACGAGAGCAGGGAUGAUGCAGAAGAACUAGAUGUUGGGUGUGACAGUCCGGUCAGUAAGGAUAGUCAGAGUAUCGCGAAACCAAGUAUAAGCACCGAGAGAGAAAUCAGGGAGAACAAUGAAAUUAAGGAUCUGCCACGCCCUUCUGCUUUCUCCCCCGUCACACCCAACCGUGACGGUGCAGAAGCCUUGAAAUCCCCUGUGCCGCAGACGGAGGAUCCACAAGCUCCUACUAUCAACCAUCCAAGCAACAUGUGGGGCAGAAUUUCAUCAUCUGUUCCCUUAAAAUCAUUCAACCCCCUUGUGGUUCCUGAAUACCCUCCUUAUCUUUUGCCUGACCGACACCUGUAUCCAUCAUAUUACCUCCCAAGACACAUUCAUGUGAAUGAGCUAAACUCUUCUUUCCAGCCAGAGUUUAUAGAUCCUCAAAGACCCAUGGUACAACAGCCCAUUGCCCCACCUUAUGCUUCCACGAUUCCCCCUUACCCUUACAGAUACUGCCAUACUCUUCACCCAGGGACCCCUCUGCAUUACACCUUUUACAGACCCCAUGAGAUUAAUAUGCCAAUCACAGGACACAGAUAUAUUCCUUUGGAUAUCUACACCCAAAGCCUUGACCAAAAGGAGCAUGACUUAUACAUGUAUUCACGUCCCAGCCACAACAACCCCCAUAGCUCCACAGAAGAUGAGAGUCACCAUGAUCAAAAUGGGGAUAAAGCAACACGGCUGAGCCCUAAAGAGGGCUGUUCAGCUUCGGGGUCCCCUGAUAGACCCAGCCAAGCAGACAUCAUUCAAAGAGAAGCAGAGGCUUCACAGUGCACUGGAGUGGGUGAGUCACAGACCUCACCCCAACUUGGACAUGCAUCUAAAGUCAUGGAACCCACCAAAAAUGAUGUAAGACAAGAAGAGUCUGCAGAAACCUUGCCACAGUUAAGAUGUCAAAAUGGAGGAUCAACUGAAAGCAGUCAGUAUUCAUCUGCCUCUGAGCCAUCUCCCAAAACAGUGUCUGAGGAACAUUGCAAGGAUGAUACGGACAAUAUGGCUCCGCUCAACCUCUCUACAAGAAACCAGGAACACGACGAGAGAGCUGAGCACAGCCUAACGGGCUCAGACAGGGAGAAAAUAAACGGCAAUGAGUUACCACUAAAUCUCAGCCUCAGAACUUCUCAAAGCGGCUUCGUUCACAGCUAUGCUGCGACCGCUCCAGAAGAUCUUCCACAGAGACCGGACAAAGGUCUGGAUGAAGAACCAUGUGACCAGAGGCAGACUGCAGCUCUGGCACUUUGCCAACUUGCCACUGCAAGUUCUGAAGUUUCUAUCAGUUUCAAUGCUGUAAAUCAGUCCACUCAAGAGUCACUGAAGACUUCAGGUAUUUCUUCUCUCAAGACUGUCAAGCCAACUACAAGGGCUAAAGCAGCCACAAAAAGAACAAACAAUGGCCAGACUGAGAGCAAAUGCUAUAAACCAGUCAAGAAAGCAAAAACAUCAGGGCGGGCUCUGAGGAGGAGGCCUCGCUGCUAAAACUAAACACUGACUGUUGCAAAAAUGUAGUAAAACGAACUGAAAACCCCUCAUUUUUACAACUUCAAGCCACAACAUCAAAACUAUUUUUGACUUAGCACAGAGUUGAGGUGAUCCACAUGUAGAAAUGACAGGUAAACAGUGCUGCUGUAAGGUUAUAUGUUAAAAAGAGGAAAGAAAAACUUGUCUGGUUGGCAGACCUGUUGUUACAAGUGUGCAAGACCUGUAUAAAUCUUGUUCUCACACUUAAUUUGAAAGUGAGCAAAGGGGACUUGUGAAUAUAAAAAGGUGGCAUUUGCAUUAUAUAUGAAAUUGCUAUGGAA